CAUGCUGUGAUUCACAAAAAACCCUAUUUAUUUACUACUAAUCAGCAACACAAAACCCAUUGCCACUACCACUACUGCUACUGCUACCAGAGCUUCGCACAUCUCUCACACUACUCAAUGAUUAUGGCUUCAUGUUUAGCAAAUAAUGCAUCUCCAUUUCUGGUGAUGCUCUCAAUGUGUUUGUUAAUUUGUUUCUCUGAAGCCAAACAGUAUGUGGUUGGAGGCAGUGCAAAUUCCUGGAAGACUCCUCUUUCCUCGCCAGAUUCACUCAACCACUGGGCCAACUCUCACCAUUUCAAAAUCGGCGACACUCUCGUAUUUAAAUACGACGAGAGAACUGAGUCGGUGCAUGAAGUGAACGAGACAGACUACGAAAGGUGCAACACGGUGGGGCAAGAACAUGUGGUGUUCAACGAUGGCAACACCAAGGUCUUGCUUACAAAAUCUGGAUUCAGACACUUCAUAAGUGGAAAUCAGAGUCACUGCCGCAUGGGGUUAAAACUCGCUGUGGUUGUCAUCACCGGCAAAACCAAAAACAACCCUACUUCUCCUACUCCUACUCCUACUCCUUCUCCUUCUCCUUCACCAUCACCUUCACCAUUGUCAUCAACACCUUCACCGUCACCUUCACCACUUCCAAAUAAUCACGGUGUUAAUGGUAGUUCAAGUGCUGGAUUCAUUAUGAUGUGGUUGUUGGGGGUGAUGAUGUUACUGGUUUAAUUUCGGAGUAUGUUCCGUGUUUGCAUGAUAAUGUUUUCGUGGCUAUAUAUAUGCGACAUAUAUUUACGUAGUUAAUUAGGUCAAGCAUUUUUAUUCUUGUUUUUUCAAGUGUCAAACAUUUUCCUUUGAUGGGAAAAAGGUUGUUUGGAUGAAGAUUCCUGGUCUUGGUGGUUUUGAGAUUGAAUAAGUCGUUUGGAUUUUUAAAUGCA